UGAAGAAGAAGAUAAUAUAAAAAAACAGUUUAGGAAUAGGAAUUGCGGCCUUUAGUUACACAGUGUUGGGAGCUUUAAACCUUCCUAAGGACACAAAAUCAUGAAGCGGUAGUUUGUUCUGAGGGUAAUUCCAUGACCAGGGUGCCAAAUAUUUGUGUGUGUGUAUGUGUGUGAGUGGUGGAGGUCCGCUGACUCUUCCUCCACUGAGCUGCACUCACCACAGACCACAGUCACCCAGCAGAUGAACAGCAGCAUCACUCUGCACGGCUUCGCAAACCAAUUACAGGGCAAUAUGAAACUGCUGGUCUGGCUCAGUGUUCUCCUCUGCCUCUUUGCCUGUCAUCUCAGCGAGGCACGAGUCAUCCCAGAAGGAGUGCCGUAUGAUGAACCACCAGCUGUUCCCUACUGGCCCUACUCCACCUCUGACUUCUGGAACUACAUCGAAUACUUCAGAUCCAUCGGGGCCUACAACCACAUCAACGAGAUGGCCCGGGCCUUCUUCGCCCACCAGCACCUUGGAGACACCCUUGGAUAUGAGACCAAUGCAGGACAUGAACAUUGAAAAGGAGCUGGAAGGAGCAUUUCUGAGCUAAAGCAUUUCUGACACAAGACAGAUUAUGAGGAAAUAAGAUAAAUAAUAUGGAAUAAAAAAUACAUAAAAUUAGGUGAAUACUAGGUUCUUUUUUUUAAGAAAGUAUAUCAUUUUUUAGUAUAUCCACACAUUAGUAUAUUACAUUA